CCUGGGCGAAACUAGUUUUCAGCUGAAAUGUUGUUCAUCAUGAGUGAAAGAUGCUGAAAUUCUUAUUCCUCGUUAACAAACAAGGCCAAACACGGCUGUCUCAGUAUUAUGAGUACAUUAAAUUAGAAGAAAGAAGUAGUUUAGAGGCAGAAAUUGUCCGUAAAUGUCUAACCAGAAAUGAAGAUCAGUGCUCGUUCAUGGAGUAUAAAAACUUCAAGGUUGUUUAUCGAAGAUAUGCUUCGCUGUAUUUCAUCGUAGGGGUCGAUUCUUCCGAGAAUGAGUUGGGGAUAUUAGAGUUUAUUCAUAAUCUUGUGGAAAUAUUAGACAAAUACUUUGAAAGUGUGUGUGAGUUGGAUAUCAUGUUUAAUUUAGRCAAAGUACACAUGAUUUUAGAGGAAAUGAUUAUGAAUGGUCACAUCGUAGAAGCAAACAAAAGCCGUGUACUAGCACCCCUCGUGGAGCUGGAUAAAGUAUCUAGUAGAUGAAAUACAUUAGUAAGUUUUUGCCUUAUCCCUCUUGCAGCCUCAUCCUGAUAAUGUUUUGUAAAAUAGAUAAUCCAAGUUUCCAUUUAUUUACUUCUUCUCCAUUCUAAAAAAAGUCAUGUUCAUUUAUGUUUAUUAGAAAAAUUGUAAAAUAAAAGUGUAAAUAUCAUUCAA